AUGUUGCUCAAAGAUGGUAUCGGCGCUGUUCGAAACUCGAUGCCAUUCAGUGGUACCAGCCGUUCGCCUCCACCGCCGAUAGCGCAUUUGUCUUCGAGAACCUCAGUCGCUCAGACAUCGGAGCUCAACCCCACCGUCCAAUCAGGCACGCCCAAUACACCACCCCACACGCCUGCUACAAGCCUGCCAUCUCCGAGCAUGGGGUCGUUUGUCACAGCUGCAACACUCAGAUCAAACAAUGUCCCGUCGAAUAUCUCGCCCGACCAUCCCGCUUUCCUAUCGUGCGUCACCAAUAUUCGGACCGGCGUGCAAGGCAUAGAGCUUCAUAGUCUAGGUCACAGCGAUGGCAUCGCCGAUAUACACUGCCUCUUUUGUCUGAUCGAGGAUGAGGGAGACGCAAAGGAAACAGUGGUCCUACGCUGCAUACAGUGCGGCGCUUUGUCACAUCUCGGUGGCCAUGAGGGUGCCCUAGAGGCUUUCAUUCGUUCGAGCGGAGCCCUAGAGCGCGGGACGGGCGCAUGCGCUAGCCAUGCAGCCUCAGAAACGGAUCCUUUGCCUACCCACGUCGCAGGAGCCGUAGUGCCCGAUCCAGCUGCUUGA